UAUUUAGUUUCUAUCGCUUAGAACAUAAUAAGACACAGUUUCCAAAUCAUGUACCCUAUUGCGCAAAGUAACGAGCCAAAAGUGUCCUUCAGUGUGAUAGGAAAGAAAUCAGCAUUAAAACCAGUUCUCCCGUUCCUCUCCCUCUGCGGCGGCCAUCUUGUUUGUGUGUAUUAGCAAAACAGAAGCGAACGUUUAUUUGCCAUUUCACAGUGGAGUAGUAGUGUGUGGUGGCGCUGAUUGCGUGCGGCUGUAUUAUCCUCCGUGCCUAUGUUUUUGUGCGUGUGUGUGUGAAUGUUUCGUGUACUCAGUCAGAGUCAAGUGCGGUGUUUUAGUUUUUUUCUUCCGUUCAAGAGGUUUUUAGUUUUACGAUUUUCCGGCAAGCUUUCCCGGCGAUAGGUGAUGAUUCUUGGUGGUGAAAAAGAUUAUAAAAGCGAAUAACACAAUCCAGCAGAGAGACACAUACACAGGUGCACACAUAACACACAUUUCACUCGCGGUCGUACGGGAAUCGGAAGCGGGAUUCCUGCCGUGAGCUGAAGUGCCGUCGUCCACUAGACGGAACGAAAAGAAAAGGAAAAUAGCGGAAACCGGCUUACGGUAAACGAGACAACCACCGGGCAACCCACCAGUAACAAUUUCCGGAGGGAGAGCGUCCAACAGCCAAUGGUUUAAAUGGACGCUACAUCCAUCAUUACGCAGGUGUCGCGGGAUGACGAACAGCAACUGAACAGCAGCUAUCCGAACGAAAAAGUCAACAAUGUAGAUAGGCUAAAACCGCCGAAUCGUGGUUUCCUGGAGACGCUGUUUUGCUGUUGGCGGAAUGGGCGAACGAAAAGCAAUCAUAGCGGGACGCCGAUCGAUGGUUCCAUCACGCCACCUCCGAUCCAGGGCCAGCCGCGGUAUCUGCUGCCACAGGUCCGACCUUCCGAUAUGUACAAGAAGUGCAUGGUGAUAGACUUAGAUGAAACCCUAGUUCAUAGCAGUUUUAAGCCAAUUCCAAACGCGGAUUUCAUAGUGCCAGUGGAAAUCGACGGAACCGUACAUCAGGUGUAUGUCCUGAAGCGACCGCACGUCGACGAGUUCCUGAAGAAGAUGGGCGAACUGUACGAAUGCGUCCUGUUUACGGCCUCGCUGGCCAAAUACGCCGAUCCGGUAGCCGAUCUGCUUGAUCAGUGGAACGUGUUCCGGGCGCGGUUAUUUAGGGAAUCUUGCGUCUUCCACAUGGGCAACUAUGUGAAAGAUCUGAACAAACUAGGGAGAGAUUUACAGAAGAUUGUUAUUGUUGACAACUCACCUGCUAGUUACAUAUUUCAUCCGGAUAAUGCUGUGCCAGUAAAGUCAUGGUUCGACGAUAUCAAUGAUUCGGAGCUGCUCGAUCUGAUACCACUGUUCGAGAAGCUGAGCAAGGUUGACUCUGUAUAUAGCGUGCUGUGCAACUCCAGCUCACAGUCCCAGCUGCCGACGUCCAUGUCGCACCACAAUCAACAAGAGCUGCAACAGUCCCAGCAGCAGCAGCAGCAGCAGCACCAGCAGCAACUACAGUCGAAUUCGUCCGAUGCGAAUAAUACGUAACAUUGGCAACAAAUGUUUAUUAACAUCGUAUGAUUCGUGCACACGAUGCUGCCGGGCGGUACAGUGUGCAGGACAAAAGGAUUAGAAUCGGAAUAAAUGGGUCGCGAUUUUUUUUUUGCUAUCGGACACCAGCCAGAGAGAAAGUGAGCGUAGAUAUACGCGGAAAGUCACGUCCUUUCUCUGUAUGUGUGUGUAUGUGUGUGAGUAGCUGUGUCGCGUAAGUGGAAACGAUACCAGCAAUCUUCAACCUGAUUGACGCGUAGAUAAACCCACACGUACGAGAAGGACGUACGAUUUACUAGAUAAGCGUACCGGAAGCAGUUAGUUCAUUAAUUAACUUUGUUAUUCUUUUAAAAUAUGUUUACACAAUAUUAUUUGAUACUAAUCAGUACAAGUACACACACACACGCACACACACAUGCCUGAAGAAACACACACACCGAUUUGUUUUUGGCACGUAUCGCAAUAAUAGGAAGCUAGAUAAUGCUAUUUUAAAAACGUUUCUUUACUAUUAACCUUUUGCGCAUGCAGUGGGUCCUGAAAGAGAGAUAUUGGGGAUAUUUUUGCAUAACGUAGGCGUACGCAGUGUACCUUGUCCACUAUCUCUUUCUUUCGUCCUCUGUGCAGAAGUAGGAUGUAACCGAUUGCUUGUUUCCUUUAACUACUUUCGACGGCUCCUAGAGCCCUUCGGCACGAAAAAGGUUGCAAUAAGUUUGUUUGUUUUAUUAUUAUUUUAUUCUUACACAAUAUUCGUCUGUACACGCUAAUUGUAUGUGUAUGAUAUCGAAAUACUGGAGAUAGUAUAAUCAAUUGCAAUUUAGAAAUGACCGCCACAACAGAAUUUUUUGUAUUAUAAACACACACACACUCACACAUUCACGGGACCGAACACCAUCCAUUAAACAGAGAGAUAGAGAUCGAUUUUAUAGUUCAAUAUAGCUUUUUAUUGACGAUCAAAUGGACGCAUAAAAUUUAAGCUCGACGAUAUAUAUAUAUGUAUAUAUAUCCAUAUAUAUAAAGCAGUAGUUCUCAUUUGAUACGGAACGGAAGAUAUGCGUGAAAGGAAUUAUAAUAAUCAUAAUCAAAUUGCAGAGACAUGCGCCGAAUGAGCAGCGAGGUAGUAGUGUACGUGUACAAUUUUAUAUUUCACAAGUAACACCUAGCAUCGAUCUUAGCAAGGGUGCGUACGACCACAGGAACGCACACGGCGUUAGAAAAAGAAAGGUUCUUGCAAUCCUUAUCUGGUUUGGAGGCAUAUUUAUUAGUGUAAACCCUGAUCAGACGAUCAUUAUCCCCGGAUGCAGGAAACUUCGUAAGAAACGAAAAAAAACAAUGCUGCCGGUAGGGAGUUAGCAAUUGUGUAAAAACAAGCCAGAAAUCUAAACAAUUGUACAGUUUUAUACUGCGAAGCUACGUCAGAAGAGGAAAAAAAGUAGAAGCACAUUCACACUACCUUCGAAAGUAUAUGGCAUUCAGGAGCGACAAGAGUGCAUUCAUAAAUUGAGGUUAGGAAUUGAGAUGCAAAACGUUAAUGGUUCGGGUAGCUGGAAUCCGUAGUGAGGAAUCAGUCAUAUCGGGAAGCUGUGCUAGCUGCAUCGUAUGAUUGUGGGCAACUUUAUUCUUUUAGCGUUCUUCGAAGAUGAUUACGCUGGUCAUGUUACCUACAAGCCUUUUAUAGCAGAAUUAAUUCAUGGUACAACGGGUACAAGGGUUGAUUCCGCCUUUGAAGCAUUAUGUUUCUGCUUUCUAUAUUCAGGAUGAAGUACUUGCAACAUAAACUCAAUUUGCGUGAUUUAUUCAGACAUAUCAAUUCGGUCAUUGGAAAGACUUAUUGGGAGUAGGUUACAAUACUUUGCUCCUCCAUAAGCAACACCAGACAGAUUAGCAAACUGAGGGUUUUUACAUUUCCAAAUGCUCUUAAACCAUCAUAAACCAAGCGUGUUCUAACACAGAGGUUAUUGCAUACUACAAGCGUGUGUUUGAUUUGGCUCGCACACGUGCUUAUCUAUGCUCAGGAUUUAAGAAUUCUCACACCAAUCAGAUAACAGAUACAAGCAAAAAUAACAUCUUCUUGUCGAACAUGUCGUUGGUAAAAUUUCCAUACAAAAUCUUAGGUUUUUCAUUUAAAUUAGUUCAUCCAGCUUAGUUGUGGCACAUGAAAGGAGCCGAAAACUGGAAGACUGAAUCGUAAAGAAGCAAAACAUAAGAAAAAGGAUAACAAUAUUUUUUGCAUUCAAAGCAAAAGUCCUAAUAUCUAAAACUCGAAAUUGAAUGGAAUACAAUUGUACACCUACCUCUUAAUUCUAUACUACUAAUACUACAACAAACCCAUUUUAGGAUGGGACUUCCUAUAUCAGCAAUCUAUGUAGGGAUUCAAAAGGACAGAACUAGAUGUCGAUAUAGUGCUUUUCUUCUGUCCGUCUAAACCCUGUAAUUUUGACCUUUCCCUCCCUGCUUUACCCAUAUUUUCUUUCUCGAGGGAACAGUCCAUUGCCUUCACACUUUCUUACCGCCACACGACUAGACAUGGUCAUUUUCCGCUCUAGGCUUGGAAAACUAAACCGCCUGCUAUAUUUGUACUCAUGUAUGUACAAAUAUGCAUAUGUAUAUUUAAAGUGUGAUCAGCCUUCUACCUUCUUUCCUGUAAAUGGAGGACAUUGACUUUAUUUAGGCUGUUUUUUUUGUUCAAUCACAAUCGAGAUCUUUUCGUUCUCUUUCGUUAUUGGCAUUUUUAGCGCGAUAAACAUCGCACAUUAGCGCCAGUAGCAGGCCUGGAAAACGUAGUUUUUUUCUCGAGCAUUUCUGCUUUUUUGCAAAAAGAAAAACAGCUUAGCAAAAAUUAUUAACUCCUGAUGGGUGUACUGUCUUCUUACAUGAGACAUCACUAUUAAAACAUAUUACAUAUUUUAUACGAAGUGUACAUCUAUUUCACGACGCGGAACGAAAAUUCGGGAGCAAAGCAACUUAGUACAGUUGAUAGGAGUUUUGAUAUGCGAAACCAUACAUACACACGCACACUCUUUCAUUAAACUCUAAGUUUGGCCAUAUAAAUGAUUCGAAUAUAAAUUUUACAAUGCACAACUCAUGUCGCAUGUUUCAUAAGAGAAUUAGACCACACUGUGGAGAGCAGCGAUAAUACAAUGUUCUGCUAGGCUAAUGCAAAUUUCACUCACACAAAAAAACAAAAACAAGUCAGUAAUGUAUUUUUUAAUCUACAACAAAAGCGACACAUUGGCAUGUGACUAGUCCCCACAAACUCUCGCAUGCUAAUUAAGCACGCAGAGGAGUGAUAAAUGGUCAGGGUAUGAGAUAUGUUUGCUGUGUCAAACACCCCCGGGUUGGAAGAUAGACAGAUCUUGCAUGUUUGUGUGUGUGUGUAUACUGUUGUAGGGCAUGGAAAAGAAUAGAACGGAAAACCGUGUGUAAUAUUGCUACAUUAUUACUAUUGUGUGUGUGUGUGAGUGUAUCAGCGUGUGCAAAGUAACAAAUAGUAAGACAACAAAACAGACAAAACACGAAGCGCGUAUAAAGCGAAUGUUUCGGGGAACCGAAACAAAGCAAACAAAAGAAAUAUUUGAUUAUACACCACACAACACACUGCUAACAUAACAAGAGAAAGCAACAGCAAAACAAACAACAAAAACACCAAAAAUCACGAUACAAUGAUGUGCAAAGGCCAUGUGAAUUUUUUUUUCCUCUUCUGUUUUUGUAAUUAUCAAGCGUUUCGAUUAAUGUUCUUUUGUUUUAACAUUUUGUUUUUUUUUGUGUUAGCAUGUUGAGUUUGUUAACAAAAAGAAAAUGUUGUUGUUUGUUUUGUUUUUUUUUUUAUGUUGUUUUAAAUGCAACGCGUAAGUGUACAGAUGUCCACUUUCCAUUUUUAUAAUAGAUUUUUUCCCCUUUACAUUAGCUUUGAAAACGUAAUGUAAUAAAGAGGUUAAAAAAAGGUAAAUAUUUAAAUGAAAGGAAAAAUUUAAGCACAGUGUUAGCGUACUAGACAGAGGACAACAUAAAAAAACACACACUUUUUAAAACAGUUUUAGUUAGGGAACUUUGUUAAGUAAAGUGUAGCAGAUCAUAAAAUGAGAAGAAUUAGAAAAGCGUGAAGCGUGUAGCAAUGGCAAUCAUUUAACCAUCUUUUCUUUUUUAUUGUUAUCUAAUGAUUACGAGUGAACUUCCGAUGCGUCGUAUAAUAUUAUUUAACAGUUUUGUUUUUUUUUUAUUGUAGUAAGCGUGCAGUCGAUUAUGAGUAUAAUAGGUUUUAUUCUUAAAAAUACUAUUAUUUAGACGUUAAGUGAAACAAUGCAAGAGGUAGAGGAUGGAAACAUAAACCCUCCUAUGAACACAAACACACACACACAGCCUACAGGAUAAUACAACAGCAGAAUAAUCCACAUUUACACACGAAAACUCACACAAACAGCAAUGCACAGCGUAAACAUCAGGUGCAUCAAAUUGUUAUUUAUUUGUUCAAGUAUAGUUCAUUUUUUUGCACUUCCAAUUUACUAAUUGAACAAAUAAUUGUUUACAUUAUGUUCGAACUGUGUCCUGUACACACUAUUGCUUUUGUUUCUGUGCUUGAUAUAGCGGCUUUGUUUUAGAAAUGCGUUAUAAAUGAAAUUACAACAGGCAUUUACACAGUUUCAGCACAAAAACAAAAAAGAAUGUGAACAGCAAAUGAAAAACAAACAACAUUAACAUUACACGCACACACACACGAAAGAGAUAAAAGGAAAAACAUAAAACGUAGAUAAUCUAAUCCCUCCCCGCAUCCGUUUUGGAAAACUCAACGGAUGCAGAAAGAUAAUACACAACAGCUUGAAGAAGGGAAUUUAUUAUAAAGCAUUAUUAGUUAACUUAUAGCAAGAUCGACGGGGGUAUGAUUAGGAGAUGAAUUAUACAUUUAAACGCAGAACAAACAAACAAAAUCAGGCAAAGCAAGCGCGAAUUGUUUUGUUCCUUAACAAAAAAGAGACAUGUAAAAGUCACACAAAAGAACGCAGUCUCGCGGAAAACUGUGUCAAUGUGCGAUGAAGAAUUAAUGAUAGGAGGUUGCGAGUCAGGCGACAUAAAAGCACUCCACUGUGCUCCCAAGGAAAAACACAAAACAGAUGAGGAAGCGUUCAUGGAAGCAGCAAAACAAAAAAAAGAAGAAAAAGGAUUUAAUAAUAAUAUAUUGUCACAUUUCGUAACCAA